AUGUCUUCAUCGUGUGAAGACGAGUGCAAUUAUGAAUGUUCCGUAUCCUAUACCUAUGAUCCAAACAACAAUAAGAAUAUCCUGUCAGAGGAAGAUGACAAUGACGACAACCGUUAUUCCCUAAGGAAUUUGCGCAUUUCGGGGUCGCCGAAUGCUACAACGAAAAACAAAGUCAUUCUGAAGGAUCUCAAGAGUAUUACAACGAUUGAACGUUUCGCUUCCGGUGGUCCAGCGGGGGAUCCAUCUCCUGUUCCUCACUCGUAUGAUCCUCCAACUGACACUAUUACAUCAGUGAGCGGUCGAGCCACAGCGGCUCUCUGCAUAUCAUUGGAACAUAUCGCAUCGUUCAUGCAAGAAGGCUCUUUCAUCUCAGAAAAUAUGCCCGAAGAAACUAUACGACGAGAGCGGAACGAGUUUUAG